GACUUCUUCCCGCUUUGUACGACAUGACGUAUAAUGGAAUUAGGCAUCAGCAUACCAACAAUCAAAGGAUAGGUAUAUGGAUACUCUACUCGUGCAAGUUGCUAGCUCAACUCUGACGUAUUCGCGGAUGUUCAGUCUAAAAAGGUGACCAAUUCCAAUGGGGACGCGCGUGUGCUUUUCAGCCCUAUACGUACCACCAAAACAGGCGAUAUAACUUGAAACUUCCUAUUCCCUUCCCUCCAGAUAUCUCCAAAACCCAACAACUUCAUAAAGAAAAUCACACCAUCCAUAGACAUGGUCCUCAUACCACCGGAUACGAAAGAAAAAGAAGCUGGAUACACACCAGCAUCACCCACAGCCCCGGAGCAAGCACCCCCACCAUACACCCCCUCAGAAACAUACGCCUCAUCGAUAUCCACCCGCUUCCCUAGGUCCGAGCCCGCAUCUGAAUCCUCUCAACUAACCUCCACACUAAACACACCAUGGGAACGGGGAAUAAGUUCCAAAACCGCCGUCUCGAGGACUGGCCCACUGAAUAUCCAAGGCUCUGUAGAGUCCAGGUCUUCAGUCACCUUAUCGGUAUCGAUCCACGUAACAGGCCACGUGGAAUCGUCAAGCUUUAUCCAUCUUAAAGAAAAUGUCGUGAUUGAGGGGAAAAUCGAUUCCUCAUCGGAGAUUAAAGCCAGAGAUGGGGUAAGGAUUGAUGGGAAGAUUGACGCGAGAGGGAGGGCGGAACUUUGUAGUGGCGAGGAAGUAGUAAGUGUUGGCGGUAAGAUUGAUGCUAGAGGGGCUGUGGUCUUGGAUGGAUCAAGUUAUUUGGGGAAGCAAAAGCAGGCCAACGAGAGUGAUGGGAAGAACUUCGGGGUUAGGAUUGGGGGGAAGGUCGAUGGUGGGGGCGCUGUUGAUGUUAGGGGAGUGGUGAGUAUUGAUGGGAAGAUUGACGCAGGAGGGAGGAUUUCUCUUGAGGGGUUAGUUUAUGUUGGUGGGAGUGUUGAUGCUGGUGGAGGCGUUAAGCUCUCUGGGAUUGAGGGUGGUGGGGUAUACGUUAUUGGAAACGUUGAAAGUAGGGGAAACGUUGAAAUGAGAGGGCCAGUUCGAAUUGAUGGAGAUCUGGGUUCUAGUGGAAAUUUGCGUCUGGAUUCUGAGGAGGCGCAAAUGAUUCUAGGGGGCAAGGUCUCUGCGAGAGGCAAUGCAAAUGUGAAGGGUAUUGUAAAUAUUGCGUCAGUAUUCUAUCCUUUCAAUCCCGAUUUUAAUUCAGGAUCCGAGCUAACCCAUACGACUACAGGAAAUCCUUUAUAGUAAAAGGGAAUCUUACCCUUGACGGUCACUUGCACGUGGAUGGUGGUCUGGCUGUCAGUGGCACUAUUUCUCAGACGCCGGGUUCAACCAUAUCUGGAGGUCCAUGAGGAUUUUACUUGAUGGCAUCUAAAUUGGUAGCCGGAACCCCAAUCUCGACAGAAAUCGUCUCGGUUGUAGAUAUAAUCCAUAGGUAGCAUAAUAACCUUUUCUGCAUCUGAA